GGCGGCUGAGGGACAGAAGGCGGGGCUGGGGAGGGGACGCGCCAUGGCCCCCCCUCCCCUCCCACGCACCCCCCUGCUACGUCAGAAACUCCCGGGCCAGCUCCAAGUCCUGUCGGUGGGGGCAGCAGGAUGCUGGUGAAAGCAGAGGGGGCCGGCCGGGUGCCUCCGCAGCUCGGCUGGCAGGGCUGGCAGGGCCCGGUGGGGUGUGUGCGGCUGCUAGUGCGAGCCCCCAACAGCCCGACCCCUCCCCAUGCAGCCCUGGCAGUGCCUCCGGCGCUUUGCCCUGGCCUGGUGGGAGAGGACAGCCGAGGGCAGCUCCCGAUCUGCCAGGGAGGAGGCUGGACCAAGGGACCCCGGGUGCCGCGGGGAGCCAGGGCUCCAGCGUGCAGCAGGAGGGAAGCCUCCAGGACUCUGUUCCCUCUGUUUAAAGUCUCCAGAUCCGGAGCGGAGCAGCCCCCCCAUGCUGUCUGCGGACGAUGCCGAGUACCCGCGAGAGUACCGGACCCUGGGGGGCGGGGGCGGCGGGGGCAGCGGGGGCCGGCGCUUCUCCAACGUGGGGCUGGUGCACACGUCGGAGCGGCGGCACACGGUGAUCGCCGCCCAGAGCCUGGAGGCGCUCAGCGGGCUCCAGAAGGCGGAUGCCGACCGCAAGCGCGAUGCCUUCAUGGACCACCUGAAGAGCAAGUACCCCCAGCACGCCCUCGCUCUGCGGGGCCAGCAGGACAGGAUGCGAGAGCAGGUUGGCGGCUGGACCGUGGACCCCGUGUGCCUCCUCAGCUCCCUCUGCUCCCACCUCCAUGGCGACUCCGCCCCCUCCGGGGCUGGCCAGCCGGCCCAGCAGCCAAACUACUGGAGUUUCAAGGGUGCCUGAGUCCUUUGCCCACUCCUUAUCUGCUCCGUGUCCCAGGGAAGCCAAGGCCCCAAGAGGUUGGGGAAUGCUCCUGCAGCCACACAGCGAGUCUGCAAUCCAGGAGACACUCCUGUACCCGCAGCUCGCGCCACACUCAGGGAGCCCAGCCUGGGCUGGCAGAUCAGGCAGCCAAACUGUCAUACGCCUCAGCUGAGUCACUGGAGACCAUGUCGGAGGCGGAGCUGCCCCUGGGUUUUAGUAGGAUGAACCGCUUCCGACAGAGCCUGCCCCUCUCCCGCUCUGCCAGCCAGACCAAGCUGCGCUCACCAGGGGUGCUGUUCCUGCAGUUCGGGGAGGAGACUCGGCGUGUGCACAUCACGCACGAGGUCAGCAGCCUGGACACGCUGCACGCACUCAUCGCUCACAUGUUCCCGCAGAAGCUCACCAUGGGCAUGCUUAAGUCGCCCAACACCGCCAUCCUCAUCAAAGACGAGGCUCGCAACGUUUUCUACGAGCUGGAGGACGUCCGGGACAUCCAAGACCGCAGUAUUAUUAAGAUCUAUAGAAAGGAGCCACUCUACGCCGCCUUUCCUGGCUCACAUCUCACCAACGGGGACCUCCGGAGAGAGAUGGUGUAUGCGUCGCGUGAGUCGUCCCCCACCCGGCGCCUCAACAACCUGUCGCCGGCCCCGCACCUGGCGUCCAGCUCGCCGCCACCGGGACUACCGUCCGGGCUGCCAACCGGGCUGCCGUCGGGUUCACCGUCGCGCUCGCGCCUCUCCUACGCCGGGGGCCGCCCUCCCUCCUACGCAGGGAGCCCGGUACAUCACGCGGCCGAGCGGCUGGGAGGUGCCCCAGCCGCCCAGGGCGUCAGUCCCAGCCCCAGCGCCAUCCUGGAGCGGCGCGACGUGAAGCCAGAUGAGGACCUGGCGGGCAAGGCUGGCGGCAUGGUGCUGGUGAAGGGCGAGGGCCUCUACGCCGACCCCUAUGGGUUGCUGCACGAGGGCCGCCUGAGCUUGGCAGCGGCCGCUGGCGACCCAUUUGCCUACCCCGGCGCCGGCGGCCUCUACAAGCGCGGCUCGGUGCGCUCUCUCAGCACCUACUCCGCCGCCGCGCUGCAGUCCGACCUGGAGGACUCGCUGUACAAGGCGGCGGGUAGCGGCCCGCUCUACGGCGACGGCUACGGCUUCCGCCUGCCGCCCUCGUCGCCGCAGAAGCUGACCGACGUGGCGGCGCCUCCCGGAGGCCCCCAGCCCCCGCACAGCCCCUACUCAGGGCCGCCCAGUCGCGGCUCGCCGGUGCGCCAGUCCUUCCGCAAAGACUCGGGCUCCUCAUCGGUCUUCGCAGAGAGCCCUGGGGGCAAGACCCGCAGCGCCGGGGGCUCCUCGACGGCCGGAGCUCCUCCUCCUGAGCUCUUCCCCGGGCCUGGGGACCGCCCGCUCGCUGGGUUUGGGACGCCUGUGCCAGCCAAGGACACGGAGACCAGGGAGCGCAUGGAGGCCAUGGAAAAGCAGAUUGCCAGUCUCACAGGCCUGGUGCAGAGUGCCCUACUGCGAGGCUCAGAGCCUGAGACCCCCAGUGAGAAGAUUGAAGGCUCCAACGGAGCAGCCACCCCUUCAGCACCCUGUGGGUCAGGUGGCCGGAGCAGCGGGGCCACCCCAGUGUCCGGUCCUCCUCCACCAUCAGCCAGCAGCACCCCUGCAGGGCAACCUACAGCCAUCAGCCGUUUGCAGAUGCAGCUGCACCUGCGUGGCCUGCAGAACAGCACCAGUGACCUGCGCGGCCAACUACAGCAAUUGCGUAAACUCCAGCUCCAGAACUUGGAGUCGUUGCGCGUGUUGCUGAAGGGCACGGAGGCGGAGCUGAGCAUGCGCGUGUCGGAGGCGGCGCGGCGGCAGGAGGACCCGCUGCAGCGGCAGCGCACCCUGGUGGAGGAGGAGCGGCUGCGCUACCUCAACGACGAGGAGCUCAUUACCCAGCAGCUCAAUGACCUGGAAAAGUCAGUGGAGAAGAUCCAGAGGGACGUGUCCCACAACCACCGGCUGGUGCCUGGGCCCGAGCUGGAGGAGAAGGCACUGGUGCUGAAGCAGCUUGGGGAGACACUGACUGAGCUCAAGGCUCACUUCCCAGGUCUGCAGAGCAAGAUGCGGGUUGUGCUGCGUGUGGAGGUGGAGGCUGUGAAGUUCCUGAAGGAGGAGCCACAGCGCCUGGAUGGGCUACUCAAGCGCUGCCGUGGGGUCACAGACACGCUGGCCCAGAUCCGAAGGCAAGUGGAUGAGGGUGUGUGGCCACCCCCUAACAGCCUCCUGAACCAGUCCCCCAAGAAGGUGAUGGCUGAGACUGACUUCAACAAGACCUUGGACUUUGAAAUGCCACCCCCGAGCCCUCCACUGAACCUCCAUGAACUGAGUGGGUCGGCUGAGGGAGCCCCGACUACCCCCAAGGGGAUCAACCCCACCAAAGGCCUGGACACUCCUGGCAAGAGAAGCAUGGACAAGGCUGUGUCUGUUGAGGCUGCUGAGCGGGACUGGGAGGAGAAGCGGGCAGCCCUGACCCAGUACAGUGCCAAGGACAUCAACCGGCUGCUGGAAGAGACACAGGCGGAGCUGCUGAAGGCCAUCCCUGACCUGGACUGUGCGAGCAAGGCCCACCCGGGCCUGGCCCCCACCCCUGACCACAAGCCCCCCAAGGUCCCCCACGGCCAGAAGGCAGCCCCCCGGACGGAGCCCAGUGGGAGGAGGGGCUCAGACGAGCUGACCGUGCCCCGGUACCGCACAGAGAAGCCGUCCAAGUCACCCCCGCCACCCCCUCCACGCCGGAGCUUCCCGUCCUCCCACGGCCUGACCACCACGCGCACUGGGGAGGUUGUGGUCACCAGCAAGAAGGACUCAGCCUUCAUCAAGAAGGCUGAGUCCGAGGAGCUGGAGGUGCAGAAGCCCCAAGUGAAGCUGCGCCGGACAGUGUCCGAGGUGGCCCGCCCAGCCUCCACGCCGCCCAUCAUGGCCUCUGCCAUCAAGGAUGAGGACGAUGAGGACCGCAUCAUUGCAGAGCUGGAGGUGUUUGAAAGAAGCUCAGUGUCUUCCCUACCCCCCACGCCCCGCCGCCAGCUGAUCCCCACCUUGCUGUCCCCCCAGGAUCUGGGGUUCCCUGUGGGCUCAGCCCCGGGCCCUACCGGCGGAGGCAGCGUGCCGCCCAUGAAGGUGGUGACCCCGGGGGCCUCCCGGCUGAAGGCAGCCCAGGGCCAGGCAGGCAGCCCCGACAAAGGCAAGCAUGGCAAGCAGAGGGCCGAGUACAUGAGGAUCCAGGCGCAGCAGCAGGCCGCUAAACCAGCUAAAGACAUAAGCGGGUCGCAUGAGACCUCGAGCCCCGUCUCAGAAAAGCCCUCGGCUUCCAGAACCUCCAUCCCCGUAUUGACUUCCUUUGGGGCGAGGAAUUCCUCCAUCUCCUUCUAGAAGUCCCGAGGCACCGCGCCCGGCCUGCCCGCCUCCAUUCCCCUGGCAUCACACUCCCUCUGCUUCAGCCCUUCAUCCCCCCACACCGCCACCCAGUCUCCGGACCCUCCCCAGGGUUUGCCGUGGCUGUGGUCCUCCUCAGCUCUCUGUGGUGUUUUUGGAUUUUUAAUGAUUCACUUUUAAUUAUCUUUUUUUUUUAAAAAAGAAAAAGCAAAACAGUAAAACAAAACCAAAACACACCACCUUCCCUUGGUUUCCUACUCCCAAACGGCCCCCUUGCGGUCACGGCUCCUCCUCCUCCUCCUCCCCCACCCUCCCUCCCAGCCCAUCCUGAAGCACCCGCACCCCACCCUCCCUUCUGCCUGCCCCCAAACUUCCCAAGAACACGCCAAACAAACUCUGAGCCACGGAGCCUUGGAGCGGCGAGGCAGCCCCUCUCCCCGUCCUCAGAAAUCUUCCUGGAGGAAAACCUGGACGUUGGACCAACUCCAGUAUCAGGCUGGAAAAUGGGGCACAGGGAGACGCUGGCCCUGGAGGCACCCCAGCUGUCCAGCUGCGGGACGUGACAGUGCUGCUGCCCCUCUGCUCUCUGCCACUGGAGCCCUGGUGGGCCUGGAGUCCAGACGGAUGGGCUGGAAGUGAGGCCAGAGUUUGAGGGGCCUCAGGGCGGGCAUGAGAUGCACAUCUGUGUCCUUGGAGAGGAGGCGGCUUCCUGGGACUCCCCUCCUGCGGUGAGGAGCUGCCGGGCCUGUGCUGCAAGCCGAGGAAGGGCCCUGUUGGACUGUUGGCUGUGGACGGUGUGUUGAUCAGACAGCCUGACGCUGGGGACACUGCCUUGGGAGAGGGCAGCCCCGAGGAGGGGUAUUUGGUACUUUUAGUUUCCUGAUUUAGCACUUUAAAUGAUAUUAACUUAUUUAAUGGGGGGUGGAGUGGGCUAGAAUGAAGGGCCUAGAAAAUUAGAUUUUGAGUCCUGGAGGGUGGGAAGGGUCUGGUUGUGACGGAAAUGGCGGAAAAAGAGGAGGCUGAUGGGGACAGUGAGGACAGCUCUGACCUCACAGGUGGGCGGCUUAACCUUCAACUAUCCGCUAAGAUUUGAGAAUUUUAAGGGAAGGAGUGAGAUGUGGGUUUUAAGUGGGAAGCUGGUGACCCCUGGUGAGAUCUUGAGGGUCCCUGAGGGCUGAGCAGCCAGCCAGCCCCCAGCUGUGGACACCUGCCUUGCACAGGCUGUCAGCAGUGAGGCUUUUGGUCAGAUCCUGAGAUGGGGAGGGAGAGACCAAUUUUGGUUCUCAGCCCAGGCCCCAGAGGGCACAGUGAGGGGCCGGCAGGGACACUGGUGGGUGGCAGAGGAGGAGGAUGGAGUGGGGGUCCCCUGGGAGCCAAUUCCUAUUUGGAGCACAAAGUGGGGUGAGCACAUGUGGGUGGGGGCUUGGGACUAGUCUCCUUGAGUAAGCACAGAAAGAAAGAGUCACUGAAGGGGCAGAAGCUUCUAGACCCUGGGGCCUAAAGGGAAGGUCAGUGCUCUGGGAGACCAGGGGAGCUGUUGAGGGUUGGGGAGGGAGGGGAAAUUGGGUUGUGUUUCUCCAUUUCUUUCUUUUUUGUUUUGUUUUGCUUUUUGUUGGUUCAUCCUUGUUUUCUAGCUUUGGAUCUUUUUUGUACAAAGGCAAGUAAGCCUUUUUGAAAAAAUAACAGAAGAAGAGGAAAAAAAAUCCUUCCUGAAAAAAAAAACCUUCGAAAAGAGAAAAAAAAAAAAAGGACCUCAUAAAUGAUGCAAUUACUUUUAAUUGCAGGCAACUCUUUACAUUUAAGUGAAGUGUCUUAACAUUUUAUAUUGUUUUAAAAAUAUAUUUACAUAUUAUAUAUAUAAUAUACGUAAUAUAAAUAUAUAUAAAUAUUUAAAAAAGAAAAAAAAAAGAAAACCACGGCACUCUCUCCCUGGCCGCUGUUUUAGCGGGGGGAGGGGGCUGGAGGGUGGGCACAUCGCCUGGCUUCUGUGGUCCAGUGAAACGGUCUGGUUUGAUUUGGCUGUACAGAGACCCCCCUGACUUGGGAGGAGAGGGGGGAGUGGUGCCCCUUCCUCCCUCCACCCCAUUAGUCUUUGCUUGCUACUUUUCGCUUGCCCCCACCUCCCACCCUCAGCCCUGUGACCUGAAUGUGUGCCCCACUGUCAUUGUCCUGAGUUGAAUGUCCCUUUGUGGGGGGAGGAGGAUGGUGGGGGAGGUGUCCACCACGAAGGGGACAGAUGGAGGAGCCCUGUACCCUGUCCCACCCGCUCACCUGGAGCCCAGUGGGAUCAGCAUCUUUCUUUCACUUUGGUUCCUGCUCAUUUACGGGCUGAGAGGCAUUUGCGUGGAGGGAGGCAUGUGUGUGCACAGGUGUGACCACCACACAAGUGAGCAGGGAGGCAUGAGCACGCAGGUGCAUGGAACCUGCUUGGGAACCUGCGCAUAGGUGUGGAGGAGCUUUGCGUGUGAGAAGGUGUGUAGUGUGUGUGGGCAGACAUGAGCUGCGAGAGACUGUAUGUGUGGGCCACACGUGUGUACAGAGGUGUCUGUGGAGGCGCGUAUGAGCUGUAUGUGCUGGUGUAUGCGUGCAUACCUGUGUGCGGACCUGGGCGCAUGGGAUGCCUGUCCCAUCAUCCCUGCACCACUCGCUCCGGCUCCCCUCCCAAGCACCCAUCCCCGUGGUCCUCUCAAAGCCCACAGCACGUCACUGCCCCCCCAGCUGCAUGCGCCUCGCUGCUCUGUCCAUCAGUGUGUGCUUGACCAAGAGAAAACUAAGACACCUGGAGGGACUCCUGUACUAGUCCCCCCAGCCCCUGUCCACUAUGCUGUUUUACUCGCAUGGGGGGUUUCUCUCCCACCCCUUCCACAAUAUGCUGUUUCCCCAGGAGCCUCAGGCCUGAGGCUCUGCAAGGGGUCCCAGGUGGGCCCCCCCAGGUGACCUCUGGCUCCACACCCUGCCCCAUCCAUCCUGUAGGGCCCGUGUUGGUGUAGCAGUGAUGGCUUCUGUGGAUAUUCUGUGACCUCUGUCAGUGUAACUUGACAAUUUCUAAAUGGAAAGGGUUGCUGUGUUUUCUCUGUCUCUUUUUUAAUGUCCUUUUUCUUCUCCCCACUUCCCUACUCUCUCUCCUUUUCAGUUUUUCUAGCCGAGUGUUUGGGGCUUAAAUAAAACUUAUUUCUUUUUCCUCUC